UGCCCGGCUUUACCCCUCGGGCCUCUGAUCGGACAACUGGUCAGUCCAACGAGUACGUCCUCGAUACCCGCAAACAACAAGCGAUUGGCCAACGUCACCACCGCCUUGCACGUCCGAGGAGCAGCUGUUCCCCUUCGUUUCCUACUCGGGGAUUCCCAUUUCCGUGAGGAAGGUCUUGACUGAGGGUUUUGUUUGUUGUUCAGGUAUCUGUUGGAUCUUGGUUGGCGAGGAUGAAGCUUCCCAGUUUCAGACCGCUGCUGACAGAUCCUGCAAUUAAGAGAGCAUACAUAUGCAGAUUAUCUCUUGUGGCUUCUUUUUUCUGCAUAGCUCUACUUGUUGGAAGUCCAUCGUUGAUUAAUCAUUAUAAGCACAGAGUAUCAUCAGGAUGGAGAACGACAGCAUCUCUGCACGAUGCAAAAAUGAUAUCCUGCAAGAUCCAAUGCAAACCAUCUGGAAGUGAACCAUUGCCGGAAGGUAUAAUCAGAAGAACAUCAAACCUAGAAAUGCGGCCAAUUUGCGGCUUAUCACAAUCUUCAAAGACAAAGGAAACUAAACGAUCAUCCAGUAGUUUAUUAGCCAUGGCUGUUGGAAUAAAGCAAAAAGAAGUUGUGAAUCAAAUUGUUGAGAAGUUCUCUUCCAGUAAAUUUACAGUAAUGCUUUUUCAUUAUGAUGGUGUUGUUGAUGAAUGGAGAGACUUACGAUGGAGUGACAGCACCAUACAUGUAUCUGCAAUCAAUCAGACUAAAUGGUGGUUUGCCAAGCGCUUCUUACAUCCAGAUAUUGUUGCAGAGUAUGAUUAUAUAUUUCUUUGGGAUGAGGAUCUUGGAGUCGAACAUUUUCAUCCUCAACGUUAUAUAUCCAUUAUUGAUAAGGAAGGGCUGGAGGUAUCACAACCUGCAUUGGACACCAGUAAAUCAGAAGUUCAUCAUCAAAUAACUGCACGUGGGAGGAAAGGAGAUGUACACAGAAGAGUUUACAAGGUAAAAAGUAGCGGAGGAUGUUAUGAGAAUAGUACUGCACCUCCAUGCACAGGGUGGGUAGAAAUGAUGGCUCCUGUGUUCUCAAGAACUUCAUGGCGCUGUGUGUGGAAUAUGAUCCAGAAUGAUUUGAUUCAUGCAUGGGGAUUAGACAUGAAACUUGGAUACUGUGUUCAGGGUGAUAGGAGUAAGAACAUUGGGGUGGUUGAUAGCGAAUAUAUAGUUCAUAUGGGAAUCCCAACACUUGGGGGUUCUGAUGAGAACAAGCCAAAUGCAGAAACAAGUAGCCCACCCUCUGAGUCAGAGCAGCCUUACUUAGGAACAAUGGUGCCUUCUGGAUCAUCCAGCUACAAUGAUAGAUCCGCUCUGCUGUUUUUUGGAGACGAGAUAAUUUUCCAUUUGGACUUUGGAUUGCAGUCAAAAAUGCCCAGAGUACCAAAGCUGCAGUUUUGAAAGUUUUCAUCAUGAGAUUUUCCAGUAGGGUGCUAAAUGAUCAAUUUUCUCACAUGUUCCAAUCCUUCAAAACUAACAAGUUGCUGAGAAAUUGUUUCUCUUUUGUUAUUGGUAAUAAUAAUGUGAUAUGUGCUUGUUGCUACAUUACUUGAUAUGUCUUUAUUUUCUUGAGACAUAAACUGAUUUAAAAACCUUGACUCACAAUUGCAAAUUUCUCUGCGAAGAUUUUAAAAUUUCAGCAUGUUUUAAUGUUUUUGGAUAGCUUGUAUAUGUACAAAAUCCCUAACAUUCUUUCCCUUUUUUCUCUGAUAUAGUCCUGAACUUUUUACUUCUAUUUCCCCCUAAAUACGAACUUGUUGUCUCUACUAUGAAUCUUGUCACUCUUCUUAACUGCAUUAUUCAU